AUGCACAAUGGUGCGUAUUCUGUGCAUAGAACUCUACUACACGGAAAAGCGCCAACACCAUUGACAGCAUCGAUCAUGACUAUCUCCUAUGCUCCAAAGGAAGUAGCCGUUUUUGACGUGGAAGACGUGUUGGAGAAAUUAACCGUUCAAGAAAAGAUUGAUCUACUUGCUGGUAUCGACUUCUGGCACACCAAGAGCAUUCCCCGUCUUGGGGUCCCCUCAGUCAGACUCUCCGAUGGCCCCAAUGGAGUCCGAGGUACACGAUUUUUCAAUGGUGUGCCGGCAGCUUGCUUCCCCUGCGGCACUGGUCUAGCAGCAACUUGGGAUGCCGGUCUGCUUCGGGAAGCCGGAACGCUCAUGGGUCUCGAAGCAAGAACCAAGGGGGCGCACAUCCUCCUAGGUCCCACGGUCAACAUGCAAAGAAGUCCACUGGGAGGCAGAGGAUUUGAAUCGUUCUCAGAAGACCCAGUUCUUGCAGGCCAAAGUGCCGCUGCAGUUGUCGCCGGCAUUCAGAGCACAGGAGUCCAGGCUGCUAUCAAGCACUUUGUGGGAAAUGACCAGGAGCACGAGCGAAUGGCCGUUGAUUCUCGCAUCACAGACAGGGCUCUUCGGGAAAUCUACUUGCUGCCUUUCCAGAUUGCUGUGCGAGAUGCCAACCCAGCGUCCUUCAUGACGGCUUACAAUAAGGUCAAUGGACUGCAUGUGAGUGAAGACCCCAGUAUCCUCCAGAGCAUUUUGCGUGAUCAAUGGAAAUGGAAAGGCCUUAUCAUGAGCGACUGGUAUGGCACAUACUCUACAAUCGAAGCCAUCGAAGCUGGUCUCGACCUGGAGAUGCCUGGACCCACGCGUUGGCGCGGCCAGCUGGUGAAGCACGCUCUGGCAUCCAGAAGACUCCUUCCCGAGAUCGUCGAUGAAAGGGUCCGCGCUGUCCUUAAAGCCGUUCGCCGUGCAGCCUUGACGGGGAUCCCAGAAGGGGCAGAGGAGAACGGCCGAGAUCUUCCAGAGACCUCAGCUCUCCUUCGAAAGAUUGCGGGAAACUCAAUCGUACUGCUGAAAAACGAGAACUCUACUCUGCCUUUCAGGAAAGAAAAAACUGUUCUCGUCAUCGGACCAAAUGCCAAAGCAGCGGUCUACUGUGGUGGUGGAUCAGCCACUUUGAGACCUUACUACGCAGUAACGCCCUUCGAUGCUAUUUACGAGCAAGCAAAGCAUGUAGUGUACUCUGUCGGGUGUUAUGCUCACAAGAUGCUGCCGAUUCUUGGCCCGCGAUUGAAAACCGUAGACGGCCAGGUCGGAGUCACCUUCAGGGCUUACACCGCACCUGAAACUGAUAGCGAUCGUCAACCAGUUGAUAUGCUGCAUCUAGUUGAUACGAACAUGUACUUUGCCGAUUACUACCACCCCGACAUAACAGAAGACCUAUGGUGGGGAGAGAUUGAGGCCUCGUUCACUGCUGAGGAGACGGGCGAUUUCGAGUUCGGUCUCACUGUUCACGGAACUGCCAAUCUUUAUAUUGACGGAGAGCUCGUGAUCGACAACGAGACUGUCCAAAGAGGUGGUGGGAGCUUCUUCAACGUCGGUACCGUGGAGGAAACGGGUACCAAGGCAUUGGUCGCCGGGCAGACGUACAAUAUCACGGUCAAAUUCGCCAGUGGCGCAGCAUCCAAGGUCAAAGACGCCGAUGGUGUGGUUUCCUUUGGCGGCGGCGGUGUUCGCAUUGGUGGUGUCGAAGUCCGCGACGCAGAUGAGGAGAUUCAUCGCGCAGCAGAGCUGGCAAAGUCGGUGGACCAAGUCGUCAUUUGCGUCGGUCUCAAUGCGGACUUUGAGCAAGAGGGUCAUGACCGCCCGCACAUGGACUUGCCUGGAAGAACAGAUGACUUAGUUGCCGCUGUCGCUGCUGCCAAUCCAACUACCACAGUCGUGGUCCAGUCAGGAACGCCCGUGACUAUGCCAUGGGCUGAUUCUGUAUCGGCAAUUAUCCAGGCAUGGUACGGCGGAAACGAGACGGGUAACUCCGUUGCCGAUGUCCUAUUUGGAAACGUCAACCCAUCGGGCAAGUUGCCCCUAUCAUUCCCGGUCAGGGUUGAGGACAACCCGGCUUUCCUCAACUACCGAUCGGAUCAAGGGCGAGUCCUUUACGGCGAGGAUGUCUUUGUUGGGUAUCGCUACUACGAGGCAGUCAAGAGAUCUGUUCUCUAUCCCUUUGGAUGGGGACUAUCUUACACGUCCUUCAGCGUUGACAGCCUCCAGGUUUCUCACGGAGUCAAGGACGGUGACGAAAAGAUUAUAGUGCGAGUUGGGUUGAACAACAUUGGGAAGGUUGAUGGUUCCGAAGUUGUGCAGGUCUACGUUUCACCACAACACCCCUCAGUUACACGCCCCAAAAAGGAGCUUAAGGGAUUCUCUAAGACGUAUGUUAAGGCGGGACAGUCCGCUCAGGUAGAAGUCAUCCUGAGCAAGAAAUAUGCUCUCAGCUUUUGGGACGAACCGCGAAAGCAGUGGGCGGUGGAGGCUGGAAACUUUGACAUACUUGUUGGCACCAGCAGCCUUGAGACGCCUCUCGCGGCCAUGAUGAAGGUUGAGAGGACUAGCUGGUGCAAGAUCACUACACACCAUUGUGAUAUCAUGGAUCCCGAAUUGCUCAGCACGCCCUGGAUCUGGCACCCCGAGUGGCAAGACCACGGCGCAAACACUGCUGGUGGCAUCGUCCACUUCCGCAAGCGCCUGAAGCUGGAAGAAGUUCCGCAUGGGCAGUCGAGAAUCCAGAUUACAGCGGACACGAAAUACAAGCUAUUCGUCAACGGUCGACACGUCUUUUCGGGCCCCGUCAAAGGGGAUGAACAUCUCUGGUUCUAUGACGAGAUCGACAUUCAACCAUUCUUGAAGGCCGGGGUGAAUCGUAUCUCAGUCAGGGUCCUGCGCUUCUUUCACGCCACGCAGUACGCCACAAGUUUCCCACGACUACCCAUUCCCGGACUUUUUGUUCGAUCCCUGGCGGCAAAUGAUGGGUUCGUAUUGCCUGUCCGCAGUGAUAGCUCUUGGGAAGCUUCUAUAGACCGUGCCACGGUGCUUCGCAUCGACCAGAAAGAAGACGAUUUCCUCCACAUUUACGAAGACGUGGACGCAAGGAGAUCGUCGGAGCUCGAUUGGGUCUCGGCGAAACAAUUGGAACUGCCGACAUCACACGGCAUCACUCCGCCGUGGGUGCUCUCGCCGCGGAUGAUACCAAAACCAACAACCGCCACCCAAGUACUUGCAGCUGUUCACAAUGUCGAAAGUUCUAUCAGCCAGGCUUCGUGGGAGAGCUUCCUCAAAGAUGGUGCGAGCACGCUCCGACUGCCCGCGGGCACACAUCACCACAUCGAGGUUGAGGCAAAAGUUCACUUGACAGCAAUGCUCGCGUUUCGUUUCAGACGAUCCAAAACCUCGGGAUCAACUUUACGAGUUCGUUAUUCUGAGGCAUAUGAAGAGGAACCAGAGUACGUUCCCUACAUUCGCCGCAAAGGCGAUAGGAGAGACACGACCAAGUCCUUGUUCGGGCCUGAAGACAAAUACAUUUUUGCUGGCUCUUCAGGGGCUCACGCCAGCUCCGAGAUCGCCUACGGUCUAGAUGCGGCGGAGUUUGAGACCUUCUCGCCUUUUCAUUUCCGAACCUUACGCUUCAUGGCCAUCAACAUCCAGGUAGACCCGAACAGCGAUCUAGAAUUUGUAGGAAUUCUUAUCGACCAAGUGCAUUAUCCUUUGGACAUUAAGAGCGAACUCACACUUCUGUCGACCGAUGAUCACCAGAGGACUUAUCAGCGACUCUGGGAGAACAGCGCACGCACGUUGACCAACUGUAUGCAUGACUGCUACGAGGACUGUCCCUUUUAUGAGCAGCUUCAAUACGCCAUGGAUGUUCGCAGUUCCUGUCUGUUCACGUACGUCGUGUCAGGCGACGAUCGAAUGGCUCGACAAGCUAUCGUUCAACUUCAUAACUCGUAUCGUCCGAGUAUUGGGCUCAUCGCAAGUCGCAGUCCUGCUCAUGUCUUUCAAGUUAUCCCUCACUUCUCGCUCUUCUGGAUCUGCACGGUAGCUGAUCACUUCACAUAUUACGGCGACGGAGACUUCACUCGAAGAUUCCUGGCCGUAUGCGACGGUAUACUUUCGUCCUUCGCUCAGCGCUUGAAUGCCGAAACUGGACUCAUAUCAAGUGACUGCCAGUCAGUCAGGACGCAUUGGUACUUUGUCGACUGGACAACGCAAUGGAGACCUAUGGGCAUACCGCCGGCUGCCGAGAGGACGGGCACUCAGACAUUUACCAACUUUCUAUACGCCUACACGCUCAAGACCAUUGCAGAGACUGUUAAGGACCUCGGUCGACCGACCCUCGCCCAGGAGUAUAGGUCACGAGCAGACGGUAUCAUUUUGGCCACACAGAAGCACUGUCGCGUGGGGGCAGUAUUUACAGACGGAACGGCAGCCAGAGCUGAUCAUUCGCUGGAUUUUAGUCAACAUAAUCAGAUCUGGGCUGUUCUUUGUGGCGCGACUAGUGGUGAGGAGGCAAGAAAACUCCUUACUUAUUGCUUCGAUCAUGGCCCGAUUGCGUCGGAACUCCCUACUGCUUCGGGACAACCCGUCACCUUCACCAAACUUUCAACGGCGAUGUCAUUCUACGCUCUCCGGGCCUUGUCCGAAGUUGGCGGAGACCUCUACGACAAGGCUUUCCACUCUUUCUGGGAUCCCUGGCGGCAUCAGCUGAGCAAGAACCUCACAACUUGGUGCGAGGACGAGGUAACGCUCAGAUCCGACUGUCAUGCAUGGAGCGCGGUGCCCCUCUACGAGUUCACGACUGAGGUUGCCGGAAUUAAACCACUCGAGCCUGGAUGGCGAGCCAUCUCUUGCGCUCCUCGAUUCAACCUCUUCAGCGAGUUUGACGCCAAGGUGGCGCUUGGUGGAGAACUAGCGCCUGGUAUUGCUCGUGUCAGAUGGUCCCGAGAGAUUGGUACUGAUGACCUGAGUUUGUCGGUUGUUCUACAAGACAUUCCAGUCGAAGAUUCGAUUCGAGUAAGUGUAGAGCUUCCGAGUGGUGUUGAGGAGCAUUUUGGUCGGGAUCUUAAGUUCAACUUGCAACUAAAGUAG